CCCACACUCUGGCCAUGAAAAGUACACUGAACUAUCUUUGGGAAACAGAGGAUGUGCUGGGUCAAGGGGCCACUGCCAGUGUCUACAAAGCCCGCAACAAGAAAUCAGGAGAACUAGUCGCUGUUAAAGUCUUCAACAAUGCCAGUUACCUGAGACCUCAGGAGGUGCAGAUAAGAGAAUUUGAAGUCCUAAGGAAGUUAAACCACCAUAACAUUGUCAAACUCUUUGCUGUGGAAGAAAUUGACAGCAGCAAACAGAAAGUGUUGGUAAUGGAGUACUGCUCAGGUGGGAGCCUGCUGACCCUGUUAGAAGAAUCAGAAAAUGCCUUUGGUUUGUCCGAAUCUGAGUUCCUCAUAGUGUUGCACUGUGUAGUGUCUGGCAUGAAUCAUCUUCGUGAGAAUGGGAUUGUCCACAGGGAUAUCAAACCAGGAAACAUCAUGCGUUUCAUUGGAGAAGACAGACAGAGUGUUUACAAGCUGACUGAUUUUGGAGCUGCCCGUGAACUGGAUGAUGAUGAAAAGUUUGUGUCCGUUUAUGGGACAGAAGAAUAUCUUCACCCUGAUAUAUAUAAGCUAGCUGUGCUGAAGAAGCCCCAGCAGAGGGCUUAUGGGGCGACUGUAGAUCUGUGGAGUAUCGGGGUAACCUUUUACCAUGCAGCCACAGGCAGCCUCCCGUUUAUCCCUUUUGGAGGACCUCGCAAGAACAAGGAAAUCAUGUACAAAAUAACAACUGAGAAACCUGCUGGAGCGAUUGCUGGCAUCCAGCUGCAAGAAAAUGGGACCAUUGACUGGACCUAUGAGCUGCCAAUCACAUGCCGGCUUUCUCUUGGACUGAAAAGACAACUUGUCCCCAUCCUGGCAAACAUUUUGAAGGCUGAUCAAGAGCAGUGCUGGGGCUUUGACCAGUUUUUUGCAGAAACCAGUGACAUCCUACACAGGACAAUUAUCCAUGUCUUCUCUUUGCCACAAGCUAUCAUGCAUUGGGUCUACAUCCACUCCUAUAACACAGCUACAGUAUUUCUAGAAGAGGUCUUCAGGCAAACAAAUAUAGCUGCCAACCACCAGGAAUACUUCUUUGAGGGUCACUCAUAUGCACUGAAGCCCAAUCUUCAGGCUCAUAAUUUCCCCAGGACCACAGAAAACUGCCCUCUGAUCAUGUUGAGCACAGAACUGGAAGAUCCGGUGGUGCUGAGGUACAGAGAUCCGUCUUUGGAGUUCCCAAAGUUUUCCCCACAAGUUGAUGUCUUAGCAGAUUGCAGUACAGCAAAGGAUGUUGUGAGUGCAACUUACCACACCUUGAGGGUAGCAUGGUCACUUCUGCAGUGCCAGGAACUGGUUCUCAGAGGCUUGUAUUGGGUGAGUGAGGCCCUGAAGACAGAAUGCCUGCAGAUUCUGGAGAAGAGGCAUGCCAUGACAGCAACACUGACCUGCUUACAACAACAGGAGAUGAAGACUCUACCGCUGUAUGAAACGGUUGCUGGAGGCUGUGAGGCUCCUGAAGUCAAAGGGUUGGCUGAAAUAAAAUCAAGACUUCAGUCUGUUGCUGAAGAUCUUUCCAGAUGUUCCCACAGCAUUUCUGAACACCAAGCAAUUGCGUGGUGUCUUUUAUCCGAGGUGGAAAAGAGAAGGAGUCAAAUGAAAGACGACCGGAGCAUCCAGAAGAUGGAGACAUGCCUUGACAAGAUGCAGCUCAUCUAUAGCCAGUUCAGGAAGGCCCGGAAGUGCCCGCGACUGUUGUACAAUGAGCAGCAGAUCCACAAGCUGGACAAGGUGAACUUGGGACAUUUAGCCAAAAAGGUUCUUUCUGUUUUUCAAGAUGACUGUGCACAGCAAUACCAAGCUGCUCUUUCAGCACAUGGAACCAGAAUGAGGAAGGUGUUUGAGAUGAGGAAGCAUUUGAAGAAAUUAAACAGAUCUUUAACUGCCUGCAGUGUGGAGAUGUCAGGAUGCCAGAAUUGCCUCUAUAAUGUACAGGUUUUGGAUGAGCUGCCACAGAGAGUCCUUCAGGACAAAACGGCAACCAUUCCUUCUUCACAGGGUUCCUUAAAACAGAAACACCAGGCUAUGAUAUUUGGAAUGCAAGAGCUACAGGAACAGAUGAAAAUAGUAGCUCACAAUCUGCAGCUCAACAACAGCAUCAUCCAGCGGUUAAAUGGCUUUGCAUCCACACCAGACCUGUAAGCGGGAAAGUAGUAUUCAGAUCCUGAAACAAUGUUUCAACGUGGGCAAAU